AUAAUAUUCCACUACAUGAAAAUGCAUAUAUCCAAUUACUUGGCACUGACACUAACCUUUGGAAUAGUAAUGUCCUACUGGAGUGAACCUUCAAUACCUGAAUACUUACAUAUUUGUGAAAAAAAGGAUUCAAAUUUAACGGAAUGCUUAAAAACCAGCAUUGAAAUUCUGCAAUCUGUUCUGAUAAACGGCAUACCAAAUGUAGAUGUUCCGAGUUUUGAUCCGCUGAAAAUUGGUGAUUUAUUUAAAUUCGAUAAAAGUCGACAUGGACUUCAAGUUAAAGUAUGGAACAUUGUGGUAUUGGGAAUUUUAAAAUUUAAAAUCGAAAAGUUGCAUGUUAUAAAACAUGGAAAAUUGUACAGAAUCGAUGUGUUAUUUCCAAAACUUCAAAUAGAAGGUGGAUGUGAGCUCAGCGGAAGCAUUGAGGAAUUUGUAAUUAACGAGAAUUGCUCAUUUGUCGAAUCUUUUCAUAACAGCACCGCAGUGGUAAGAGCUCAUUUUAAUUUAAAAAAUGAAUGGAUGGUACAAACGGAAAAAAUUGAUAUUACUAUUAAGACUGGGAAAGGCGUUGUUGAAUUAUAUGACCUUGAUAAUGGCAGACGAAUAUUUGAUCGCCAGGACGUUGAUAAUGUAAUCAAUCAUCACUUUGAUAAAAUGAAUAAAAAUCUGGUUUUUGUUAUCGAGAAGUUGCUUCAGCACCAAUUGAAAGAAAUGUCAAAUCAAGUUUUUGGCAACUUUAGCAUUGGUCAAAUAUUUCCCCUUUCAUUUUAGUUACGCAGGACUGGCUUGGAUCGAUUGAGAUAUUUAUCAAAUUAUACAAUUUUAUUAAAGCA